CGAAUCAGUCACCGGGUAUUAGUCAUCCCAAAUGACAGGUAUUCAUGACUUUAUGUCUAACAGGCGCAAGUGUACAUUAAGGCGGUCUUUAUCAGCCCUUUCGCUUAGGGCACUGUGACUCUUUUGCAAUCUGUAGCCCUAACCUGUAAGUGGCUACCGAUCUUGGUGGGGUCGCGUGGCCAUGUCGGACCUAAUCUGCAACAUCACGCUACGGGACCUCUUCUCACAUUACAGGUUCGUCCACUUGAUUAAAUUUCACCAGAACACACCCACCAUUCGUCACCAUGGCAUUAGAACAAUCUUUGGCUGCCUUAUCUUUGGCUACCGUGACCGCUGAGUCUGCCACUCCAACCAAAACUUUGGUUUUCAAGCCAAAAACCGCCAAGACUGCGGCUCCAGUCCCAGUGGUUGUUUUUGCAUUGCAAUCCACCCAAACUCCUUCGCCUCACAUCGCCAGCGCAGCUGGUGUGAAGGAACCAAGAUUGGCCAAGGAAGACUUGGUUCAAGAGUUCUUCUCCACUACCCCUAAGGAAUUCUCUGUUGCCAACUUGAACAAAGAUUUGGCUGGCAAGAUCAAGAUCGUUAUCGAUGAAAGUAUUUUCAAAGGUGACGAAAACUUGGUUCUUGAAUUGUCUACUGAGUCUGCCAAAGCCGCUCUCCCAGCCACCACUAUUGUUGAGUUCUUGAAGUCCACCGGUAUCGAACUUAUUCCUGUUGACUUCUCUGCCGAAGUCGCUGCCCCCGCUGCUGCCGCUCCACAGAAGUCCAAGAAGGAUGCCUUGAAAAAGGAAAAGGAAGCCGCCAAGCUUGAUGACGCUAAGCUCAUCGGUAUUACUGUCGAUAAGGCAAAGGAUUUCUCCACCUGGUACUCACAAGUCGUCGUCAAGGGUGAAAUGUUGGACUACUACGAUGUCUCCGGUUGUUACAUCUUGAGACCAAACUCAUACGCUGUGUGGGAAGAAAUUCAAAACUGGUUCAACGAACGUAUAAAGAAGAUGGGUGUCCAAAACUCCUACUUCCCUAUGUUUGUUUCUUCCAGAGUUUUGGAAAAGGAAAAAGAUCACAUUGAAGGUUUUGCUCCAGAAGUUGCCUGGGUCACCCGUGCUGGUAGCUCUGAAUUGGAUGAACACAUUGCUAUCAGACCAACCUCAGAAACCGUCAUGUACCCAUACUACUCCAAGUGGAUCAGAUCUCACAGAGACUUGCCAUUGAAGUUGAACCAAUGGAACUCUGUCGUCAGAUGGGAAUUCAAGCACCCACAACCAUUUUUGAGAACCCGAGAGUUCUUGUGGCAAGAAGGCCACACUGCACACUUGACUCGUGAAGCUGCUGCUGAAGAAGUUGACCAAAUCUUGGACUUGUACUCCGGAAUUUACGAAGAAUUGUUGGCUGUUCCAGUUGUCAAGGGUAGAAAGACCGAAAAUGAAAAGUUUGCAGGUGGUGACUACACCACCACCGUCGAAGGUUUCAUUGCUGCUACCGGUAGAGGUAUUCAAGGUGCCACUUCCCAUCACUUAGGUACCAACUUCUCCAAGAUGUUUAACAUUUCUGUGGAAAACCCAGAUGGUUCUGACAAGCCUAGAGUCUUUGCGUUCCAAAACUCCUGGGGUUUGUCUACCCGUGUCAUUGGUGUCAUGGUCAUGACUCACUCUGACAACAGAGGUUUGGUUUUGCCCCCAAGAGUCGCUCAAACCCAGGCUGUCGUCAUUCCAGUCGGUUUGACCAGUAAGACCACCGAUGAGGCCAGAAAGGCCAUCAACGAUGGUGCCGUUGAUAUUGAACAGAGAUUGAGAGCUAUCAACGUCAGAGCCACUGGUGACUACAGAGAUAUCUAUUCUCCAGGUUGGAAGUUUGCUGACUCUGAAUUGAAGGGUAUUCCAAUCCGUUUGGAAUUCGGUCCAAAGGACUUGAAGGAGGAACAAGUCACCGUUGUCAGACGUGACAAUAAUGCCAAGUACGUCGUCAAGUUGGCUGACUUGGAAUCCCGUAUUCCAGAAAUUUUGGAAGAAAUGCAAAAGGGAUUAUUGGAGAAGGCCCGUAAGGACUUCGACGAACACCGUGUUAUUGUUGAAGAGUGGAAGGAUUUCGUUCCAGCUUUGAAUGCCAAGAACGUUAUCGUUGCCCCAUGGUGUGGUGUUCCUGAGUGUGAAGAUGACAUCAAGGAUUCUUCUGCCAAGAAGGACAACGGUGAAGAUGAGGAAGUUGAUGACAAAUCUCCAUCUAUGGGUGCUAAGUCCUUGUGUAUUCCAAACGAACAAAGAGAAUUGAAACCAGGACAAAAGUGUGUGAGAUGUGAUAAGGUUGCCGUCAACUGGUGUAUGUUUGGUAGAUCUUAUUAGGUAAAUAGAACAAGAGCAACCAACGAUAGUUGUUAAUAAUUACAUUAUUGG